AUGGCGGAGCGGGCCUCGCGGAUCUGCGCCCUGGACCGGUGUCUGCGAGAGGUUGUUGAAGCCUCCUGCCGCCCCGAGUGUUUCCUCACGGUUCAAGAUGGAUUGGCAUCAAACUUUGCCUCUUUAACAAAAGUACUGUAUGACUUUCAUAAAAUACUAGAAGAUGGCAAGAAAAAAGAUGACGAAGAAGAUAUUGAUUUUUUUGAAGAUGUUGAUUCUGAUGAAGAUGAGGGAGGACUAUUUGGAAGUGAAAAACUUAAGUUAGACAAAAGUUCUAGAGACUUGAAAUACAAAGAUUUCUUUGAUCCAGUUGAAAGUGAUGAAGACUUAGCAAGUGGUCAUGAUGAACUGGGGCAGCUUCAAGGGGAGGUAACAGCGCAGAAGAGACCAGAAAACAGCCUCCUUGAGGAGACCCUCCACUUUGACCAUGCUGUCCGGAUGGCACCUGUGAUUACAGAGGAAACCACUCUUAAACUUGAAGAUAUCAUUAAGCAGAGGAUAAAAGAUCAGGUUUGGGAUGAUGUAAUACGUAAAGAAAAACCUAGGGAGGAUGCAUAUGAAUAUAAAAAACGUGUAACUCUAGACCAUGAGAAGAGUAAAUUGAGCCUUGCUGAAAUUUAUGAACAGGAAUAUCUCAAACUCAACCAGCAAAAAACAACAGAAGAGGAAACUCCAGAGCACCUAGAAAUUAAGAAGAUGAUGGAUUCUCUCUUCUUAAAAUUGGAUGCCCUCUCACACUUUCAUUUUAUACCUAAACCUCCUGCACCUGAGGUUAAAGUUGUGUCAAAUCUGCCAGCCAUCGUCAUGGAGGAGGUAGCACCAGUAAGUGUAAGUGACGCGGCACUCCUUGCCCCAGAGGAAAUCAAGGAAAAAAAUAAAGCUGGUGAUAUAAAAACAGCUGCCGAGAAAACAGCUACAGAUAAGAAACGAGACAGAAGAAAAAAGAAAUAUCAAAAGCAUAUGAAAAUAAAGGAGAAGGAGAAGCGGAGAAAACUGCUAGAGAAGAGCCAGCUGCACCAGUCAGGGAAGUAUACCAAAGCAGCGGCUUCAGAGACAUUAAAACAGCUGACAAAGACGGGCAGAGCGUCAUUACUGAAGGAUGAAGGGAAAGACAAGGCUUUAAAAUCGUCUCAAGCAUUCUUUUCUAAAUUACAAGAUCAGUUAAAGAUGCAAAUCAGUGACACAAAGAAUAAAGAGAAGAAGAAGACACAAGAUAUUUCUAUUCAUAAAUUAAAGCUGUGA